UAUUACUACAGCCUAUCUACUUGCUUCAACAUGAUAUCUAUGUUUUUCCUUGGUCUGUUUCUGUCACUCCUAUUACGACAUCUUAAUGUUGGAGAGUUAGAUGGUAGUGGAAAUGAGUUCAAUAAUGAGCAACAGAUGGAUAAUGCUGGUCCUAUGGUUCUACAAGAUCCAUUUCUCUAUUAUUUGGACUACAAGACAGUGUAUGUGAACUGUUCUGUUUAUGGAGAGUCUCCAUUUGAAGUCUCAUGGUUGUAUAGUACUGAUGAGAUAUCUAAUAGAUCCAGUGGCUACACUAUCAUCAGUGGUAGUAAAGUGUCUAAUAUUGUGUACAAUCCUAACUCUGAUGAUGAAGGAUAUGUGUGGUGGAACAGUUCUCUUCUUUUGAAUCCUAUUAAUAACUCAACAGUUGGAUAUUACUACUGUAGAGUCAACACCUCAUUUGGUCUAAACUAUUCAAAACCAGUCUAUGUCAGGAAUACAUCUGGACCAAUGUUGAUCUCAAAUAAUACAAGUCUAUUUAAAAAGAGAGACUUAGUGAAUGGUAGUUGCAUUGUAAAGAGUUUUCCUCAACCAAAUAUACUCGUUUCAUUUCAAACCUUAUUUUAUAUAUCAUCAGGAACAAGUACUAGAGUGUAUCACAACUAUGACACUGCUAACAUCUCUCACAAUCAUUAUGUUAGUAGUCAUCUUUCCCUCUACGUUAAUAAAGAAGGUGAUGACAUCAUACGUGUAAACUGGUCAAUUUCAUUCAGCCAUAUGUUCUCAAUGCAACUAAUAGCCAUCAGUUACAACUCUACCUCCAAUGUAUCUGAAUAUCACAAGCUAUACACUCACACUGGUAAUGAGGUACUAUAUGUUUAA